AUGGAAGGCAGUGGCAGUGGAUUGACUGCAGAGCUGGCCUCCCCUGGGCCUUGUGUGGCUGGCAUGGAGUGGAACACCAGUGGGCAGGUGUUUGAGGUGGCGCUGCAGAACAGCUCCUCGUCCAAACGUAGCCCUCAGUUUGUGGGGGUGGAGCUGCUGAAGUCCUUCAAGCUGCUCAUCAUCCCCUGCUACAUCCUGGUGGUGCUGAUCGGGGUGUUUGGCAACUACCUGCUGCUCUACGUCAUCUGCCACACCCGUAAGAUGCACAACAUCACUAACUUCUUCAUUGGAAACCUGGCCUUCUCCGACAUGCUGAUGUGUGCCACCUGUGUCCCCUUCACCUUGGCCUAUGCCUUCAACCCCCGUGGCUGGGUUUUUGGGAGGUUCAUGUGCUACCUGGUUUACCUCAUCCAACCAGUGACCGUCUACGUGUCUGUCUUCACUCUCACUGCUAUUGGUGUUGACAGGUACUAUGCCACAGUGCACCCUCUGAAGAAGCGGAUCUCAGUGCUGGCGUGUACCUACCUGCUAUCUGGGAUCUGGCUGCUCUCCUGUGGGCUUGUGGCCCCGGCCGUGGCCCACACCUACCAUGUGGAGUUCAAGAAUGAUGGCUUUACCAUCUGUGAGGAGUUCUGGAUGGGAAAGAAGAGAGAGAGGUUGGCCUACGCAUACAGCACACUUUUCAUGACCUACGUCCUGCCUCUGUCUGCCCUCUGCAUCUCUUACCUCUGCAUCUCUGUCAAGCUCCGUAACUGUGUGGUGCCUGGCCACCGCACCCAGAGCCAGGCCGAGGCCCAGCGAACCCGCAAGCGCAAGACCUUCCGUCUGAUCACCCUGGUGGUGGCAGCUUUCGGCGUGUGCUGGAUGCCCAUCAGUGUGUUCAACGUGCUGCGGGACAUUGACAUUGAUCUGAUCGACAAGCGCUACUUCCUGCUCAUCCAGCUGCUGUGCCACUUGUGUGCCAUGAGCUCGUCCUGCUGUAACCCUUUCCUGUAUGCCUGGCUGCAUAACCGCUUUCGUGCCGAGCUGCGCAAGAUGUUCACCUGCCACCGCCGCAUCGGCAUCCCUGCCAACCACUGUGCCACAAACAGCGUGAACCCCUUCAUCCCACCCUCUCACCCACCCGCACAGGAUUUGUUUAGAGAAUGGUCUUGAAACCAGCUAAAAGAUUUUUGGUCAGGGUUUUUGUACUGUAAGAUAAGAUGGUAAAAUUAUUACUUUUGUUUUUCAAAUAGUUGAU